GACAGCUCCUUCAACUUUAUGAUGUUUUUCUUUGUGUUCAUGGCACAAGUUGGAAUCAGCAUCAUUCAGAGCAUUGGCAUCCCAGGAUGGGGAGUAUGUGGUUGGUUGGCUACCAUCUCCUUCUUCAGCUAUAAUAUUUUGAUUGCUUUAAUUAUGCUGGUCCCUACAAUCAUGUUCACUGUUGUGGCUUCACUGUCCUUCAUCGCACUCACUAAGAUCCAUAAUUUCUACCGAGGCACUGGUGCCAGCUUCUCCAAAGCUCAGGAGGAAUGGACCACAGGAGCCUGGAAAAACCCUCAUGUCCAGGCAGCAGCUCAACAGGCUGCCAUGGGGGCAGCUUCCGGUGCCRUGCAGGAUCAGUUCUCCAGCCCACAUUACGAAAACCAGAUGUAGCAUCAUCAAGACCACAAAUGUCACUGAUGCAAUGCCAAAAGCUGAGUUUGAAAGAUUUAAAGCAAUUCACAUCACCAAGGUGAUUAUUAAAAUCAACAGGAUGCCUUCAGGCAGCAUAUUUGAGAUAUAUUAAAUAAUUUCAUAAAUAUAUAUCAGUCUUUCUCAGUUUGAAAAUAAUAUAUUGGUUUAAUAAAUGUUACUGUAGUGGCUCUAACUGUAGCUGCAARCUAGUUUAUUUACCUGCAGUUCUAGAAAUGUGUGUGAGUGAAACCAAAAAGACUUCAGGCUCUCUCUUGUAAUAAUUAUUAAUGUGUUUAGUAUCAAUUUAUUUAUUGUUAUAUAGUAUGGAUGGUGAUGAAUGCAUGGUGCAGUUUUUAUAAUAUAAAACAAUAUUCUGAGGAACUUUGUAAAGUCACACUUUGAGAUAAGUUUUCAAACAUACAUAUGCAAUUAUAAUUUAUUGCAUUGCAAUAUACAGUAUUGGUUUGAUUACAAAGACUGUAGUCCUGUCCACACACAGCACACUCUGAAAACUAUUUAGACUACAAACAUAUAAAACUCACUUGUCAUUUGUAAGUCAGAUAUUUGUUUAAACACGGGAGGUUUUGUACUUCAUGUCAACUUGGCCUGUGUCCCUUUGUGAGAUUUACAGGUUGCAUUCAGAAAGAAACCUGACUUGUUUUGCUGUUUGGUUGUAUGAACACAAGGAGGCGCCGAUUGAUCUUGAAUAAAAUAAAUAAAAAAAGCUCCAACGUGUUCACAUUA